UUUGAACAGCUUCGCGUUCGGUUCUCCACGCAGCCCCAGCGCAGAAAAUCAAAAGUUAACGACCUACCUCCGACAGCUCCGAUCCAAAUUCCAAUCGAUAAAACGAACUCAACAAAAUCAAGCCGGGCAAACACAAACACCAAUCAAAUCAUCAUGAUCAAAGCGAAAGAUUCGACGAGGCUGCUGCUCAUUAGUCUGCUAAUUGGACAACUAUACGUGAGCUGUGCAGGCUCGCCCGUGGACACGGAGGUCAAGGAUACAAACUAUCAGGACGACGAAUAUGACUAUGGUGGACUCGAUGAUGAAAUUGUCGAUGUGACGAAGGGCCAUGCUGAGGAACAGGCGCCGCCGUAUUUUGAGCAAACGGACCUGCGGAUCGAGGCCAAGCCAGGCGAUGAUGUGAUCCUCAACUGCGAUGCACGGAAUUUCCAGCUUAGCAACGCGGUGGUGUGGUACAAGAGCCGGACAAUCAUAGCCAAUGGACAGAUGGCCAUUGGACAGCGGAUGGAGUGCAUGAUGAACAACUCGCUGCUGCUGAAGCACGUGACGCCGGAGGACUCGGACGACUACUACUGCGAAAUACUGCCCCAGAUGGUUCGACAGCACACGGCACUGCGGGUGGGCGCCCGGCUGUCGAUCCUCUGCGACGAUCGCGAUAUCACGGACCGAUCGCAGACGUUCAGGCAGGGCGACCACCACAAGCUCGAGUGUCGAACCUAUCUGCCCGGCAACGCCACUAUCAAGUGGUCCUUUAAUGAUCUGAACGGCCAGCCCGCCAGCGUGGACCAUCAGGAUGGCGUGAUUAUCCUGGACAAUGUGGAUGAGAAGAACGCCGGCGACUACCAGUGCCUGGCCGACGACGGCAGUCGCCAUCCGCCCCAUGGCACCGUGCACAUCGAUGUCCAGUACAGCCCCAUCGUGUCCACCCAUCGGCACAAUGUGAACACCGAGAAGGGCGCCACCGCCGAGCUGUACUGCAACUAUCGGGCGAAACCCAUUGGCCGGAGCUACUUCAUCAAGGACGGCAAGACACUGCAGCUGUCCGACAAGUACUCGCUGAAGGACUCGGUGCACAAUGGCCACAAUCGCACCACCCUGCUCGUCAGGGAGGUGACCGACAGCGAUCUGGGCGAGUACCUGUGCCAGGUGGAGAAUGCCAUUGGCUCCAACGAGGUGAAGGUGCACGUCAGCUACAAUCCGGAGACGCCGCAGUUCGAGGACAUGAGCGCCGAGGGCAACAAGGUCACGCUGCACUGGCUGGUCAGGAGUCACCAGCCACUUUCCGAGGCCAUGCUGGACUACCAGCUAACUGGGUCGUACACUUGGAGCACUGUUCUGGUGCUGGAGACGCAUCGCCACAACAACACGGAAAACAUCUGGAAGAUCACCCACCAACUGGAGCUGAGUCGUGGAGUGUGGCAUGCGCGCGUGAAGACGAAGAACACCCAGGGAUGGUCCCACUUCUCGAACGACUACGUCUUCGAGAUCCCGGAGGGCUUCGACGUCGAGAAGGAUGAAGAAGUGGAACUGCCCCCGGAUGAGAUCGUGCGGGCCGGAAUCAUGCCCAUGAGCAAAGGAGCUGCGUCAUCGGUGCAGCAGCUGAAUGUGGGAGUGAUCAUGAUCCUGCUGGGAGCGCUCCUGCUGCGAGUUCACCUCUAAGGGGUGCCACCCACGGCCACCCAUCCAGACCGAGAUGUGUACAUACGUGUUUCCGGAUUACUCAGCUAUCGAGGGCAUCGGAGCGAUGGCUAAACGCACAUAGGAACCGAAACUAAAGUAUUCUAAUUAUACAAAAUGCUAAUGCGCGACCGCUGGCUUGGGUCAAUGUUAAUGUUAUGCUAUAGAACACCACUGAAACAUUUGUGCCAAGCAAGGAAUUAACUGGGAGAAUGGCGAGGACUAAAGUUAAUUUAGUUUAGUUAAAGUUACAGCUACAGAAGCGACUAGGGCAGCGAUCGGUUUAACCGAAAAAAAACAGCCAACUUUUUGAUUAACCUUAGCUAUAAUAUUUAUUUGUUUUUUCUGUCUGCAUGUGUGCAUGCUGGCACCUUUGAGUAGGAACCCGAACCGAAAACGAAUACGAUGGAAAAUUUGAAAAUUGAAAAAUGGAAAACUAGGGAUAUACAAUCCGCAAGCGAUGGCAUAGUAUAGCGAAAAUUGGUUUAAGUUCUAGUGACUGUUUAGGACUUGCAAUACGUACCAUAUUUUUGUACAUCCAAACGUACUUACGAACAUUAGGGUAACUGAAGCUGAGGGGAACCAGGGGGGAGACCUAUCGAAUGGCAUGCUAAUUAUUUUAUAAACUAGACCAAAGCUUAGACAUACAUAUGUGUACCUACCACACACCAUACAUAUGAAACUUAUUUUUACGAAACUACGCCACAUCAACACUCAAUGGAACAGAACGAUUCAAAAUAUACAAAUCAAAACGCAAGAGCGCAUAUGUACCUAUGCCUAGAGAUACUGAAUAAGUCGAUGGCAGCCAUAUACAUAUAGCUAUAUAAUAAUAUACACUGUGUACUGUAUACUGUGUACUGUAUACUGUUAAUGAUCGGGUUUGGCUUUACACUCGUCCUUGAUUCUGCUACCAUACCUGAGGAAUAGCGCCAUAACAUGCUGACCAUGUACACUGUGCGUAUGAGUAAUCAAGUUGUGAGUGUGGGAAUAUACAUAUAUAUAUUUUAUAAAUGUUUUAUUUAAGAAUCAUAACAUUAGAGCUGAUCGGUAAACGUGCCAAUCGAAGCAAUCAAACGCAACUGAUUGCUCGCCAAAUCAAAUCAAAACGCCACAAAAAUAAAGUUCCAUAUGCAACGUUUUGACGAGGACCUGAUUUCGAAUGCCGACCUUGAAGCAUAUACACAUUAUACAGAAUCAUAUAUAUUAUAAUAUACUUAAUGCCAGUGUCUUACAUGAAUAUUGUAAUUUUCGUUGAGUCCGCGAUAAGUAAGCAAAUAAAAUAAAAUAAACUAAACGGA